AUGAGUGAAAAGGUGGGUGAGACUCGAAAAGAGGCUCGCUUGAGUUUUUCUGAAAAGAAACAGUUGAACAGAAUCAUACGAGCGGAGUUCAACUACGCCGAAGAUUUGUUUCCUGUACCGAUGACGACAGGAGAGUCUUAUUUUUCGAUAUCAGUAGGGGACAAGACGAAUAAAGUGCAUGUGAGUCGGAAGACGACGAGCAUCUACUUUCGACAACCAAUUAACACGGUGGAGUUUCGAAAUGUGUCGACUUCAAUCAAAGAAAUAGUCAUUGAGUUUCACGACCAUGAAAAGAAAAAGACGCCGGACAUCUGGACGACCCGAAUGCAAAUCAAUCAGUUGUUACCAUUUAAUACCGUCCAUACAAAAACAUUUCAACUUGAAAAAAUGUGUGAUUUGAUACAACCCAUCAUCAGAGCACAAACAGCCCCAGCAACACCGAAUAUAUCUGGGAAUGUUCUCAGCGGAUCAUCAGAAAUACCACUGAACGAAUCUUUUGAUGUGGAAGCUCGGAUCAAAAGCACUCUCAUGAACAAAGUCCCGUCGAAAAGCUCGUCAACACAUCUGUCUGAAAUGAUGGAAAUCACCCCACGCGACACAUUGGUCGGCGAAAAAGUCGAACCGCCGAUUAUGCACGCAGACAAAAUCAUUCAAUCGAAGCCAAGACCAACCGUCACUGUCACACUCUAUUUAUUCCCGGAAGUCAACCCUAAACAAGAAAAGAUGACAAAAUUUCCGUUGCACGCCGCAGUACUUGACACCGACUUACGUAAAGUGUUGACACUGUUGGAAAGUGGGAAGGUUGAUGUCAAUGCGCAAGACGAGCAAGGGAACACCGCUUUACAUGUAGCGACUUUAGUUUCAUACAAUGAGCACAUUUUGGUAUCACUGCUGAAAAAUGCGCCAACGAUCGACGUCAACAAGAAGAACUACGACGGGAAUACGCCUUUCCACUUCUUCUGUCUGAAUUUUUCGAAUCCGAAUUACAGUGCUGCUAUGGACUUGUUUUUCAGAUUGGGUGCUGAUAUUGAAGCUACAAAUAAGAACAUGGAGACGGUGUUAUACUCAGCUGUUCGCAAUAAAUCGAUUCGAAUGUUGUUGGUCACACGACUGUUGGAGAAGGGAGCAAAUGUCAAUGCGACGACACUGCGACAGUCGACUGCGUUACAUUACGCGGUGUAUAACGAACGAACUGAUUUACUUUCAGUGUUGUUGGAACAUAAAGCCAAUUUGCACAUUAAAGAUAGUAAAGGACUCACUCCUUAUGCAAUUGCAAUGGAGAAGAGUGAACGGUAUGCGCAGACGGUGAGAGACUUUAACGAUUUAGUCGAGUAUUUACACUCGAUUAGUGCAUCAGACGAAGCCGUUGCACUGUUGGUCAAAAACAAGAUGUUCAAACACAAACUCCGAGGGAUGAGUGCACGGUCAUUGGAGAAGAUAGGCAUCACCUCUGCGGAGGGGAAAGUGCUUGCCGCCAAAUUUAAAACACUCCCUAACGUCGAGGCGAAGGAAGACAAAAGUGAGAACGAAGAGACGGAGCGCGGGAAGUUGUUGGCCCUCAUUGAAAAUGGGAAGACGAUCAUCGAUCAGAGUGAAAUAGAGUUCUUACAGAAUAUUGGGUCUGGUGCGUCUGGUGUAGUAUACACUGCUGCGUACAAAGGGUAUAUUGUUGCGGUGAAAACGUUGAAAGCGACGAACAUGAAGGAGGUGAAAGAGUUCCAACAAGAGAGUGAGGUCUUGAAUCGAUUACAACAUAAAAAUGUCGUCAAGUUUUAUGGGAUCAUCGUUGACAAACAAUUUGCGAUGGUAAUGGAGUACUGCUCACAAGGGAGUUUGUACGACUUGUUGGUGAAGCCGGAAACUGCAAUGACAUGGGAAAAGGUGUUGGACUUCUCCGAACAGCUUGCACUGGGAAUGGAAUAUUUGCAUUCACAGAACCCACCAGUACUUCAUAGAGACUUGAAGACAUUGAACGUCUUAGUGUCUAUUGAAAAGGAUAAGGAAACGGGAAAAGAGUGUGAGGUGUUGAAGAUAUGCGAUUUUGGGCUCUCGCGAUUUGAUUCCGAGUUUAUAACAAGCACUAAAGAUAGAGGAACUUAUGCAUAUUGCGCACCAGAAGUGUAUUAUAACCAAAGAUAUACAACACAGUCUGAUGUGUAUUCAUAUGGUAUCAUCCUGUGGGAGUUGGUGUAUAGAUUGAUAUACCAAAAGUACCAACGACCUUUCCAAGAGUUUCCUGAACUCACAAUGGAUGUUCAAAUCAUCAUUCAGUCUGCAACAUCUGACUUGAGACCUACCAUCCCACCUUCUACUCCUCAAAAAAUGGCAACUCUCAUCCGACAAUGUGUUUUGCGAGAACAGGACAAUCGCCCAAAAGCACUAGACAUUGUGAAUACCCUAGCUCAGAUGAGAAAAGAUUUCAAAAGCAGACCCCAGUUGUGGAAUGAGUCUAUCAUGCAGAAUUAA